AUGAAAAAUUUAUGGGAAAAACGACGACAACCGACACCAAUCGAAUAUGAAAAAGCAUGUCAAAUAAUAAACAAUAAUCAAAAUAGACAAAAUGAUUAUGAACAAUUAACAAUACCGAAACUCAAUGAUCAAUAUGUUCAAACAAUUUCUCAAUAUGUACAAAUGUUUAUUGAUAGUUUAAUUCAACUUAAACAACGAUUAGAUAAACAAAGACAAAUAGCAUCAACAAGUAAAGAACCAAAAUUUCUUGUUUGGGAUAAAAAUGAUGAUAUUGAUCUUCAGUUUGUAACAGCAUCAGCUAAUUUACGUGCAUAUAUAUUUGGUAUUAAUCUCACAAGUAAAUUUGAUGUUAAAUCAAUGGCAGGUAAUAUCAUUCCAGCCGUAGCCACAACAAAUGCUAUUGUUGCUGGUAUAACAGUACUUCAAGCAAGAAAAAUCCUUGCUAAUUUACCACAUUCAUCAACUGAUUAUAGAUUAACAUCAAUAAAAGAACUUACAAAUGUAUUUGUAUCGACUGAUCGUAAAACAGGAGCAAUUAUUCAGCCAAUACUAUUGGAAAAACCAAAUCCUGAAUGUUAUCAAUGUAAUAAUCAUGAACAAUUUGUACGUGUUAAAGUAAAUAUGUCAUUAUUUACAUUACAUUCAUUAUAUGAACAUUUAAUUAGAAAACAUUUAAAAAUGAAUAAACCUGAUGUUUAUAUUAAUGAUGGUAGUAAUCGAAUUUUAAUUUCAGCUGAUGAUGAAGAUAAUGAAAAUAAUGAUGAAAAAAUGUCAAAAACAUUAGAUCAAUUUAAAUUAAUUCAUGGAACAAUUCUAUUAUGUGAUGAAGAAUCAGAUAGCAUUAAUGAAAUUUCAAAUACAGAAUCUAUACAAAAUAUGAAAAUCAAAUUAAUGCUUGAACAUACAAAUACAAUAACAAAUAAAGAUGAAUAUAUUAUUAUUGAUGAUCAAAUUAAUAAAGAAAUAAAACAAACAUUAAAACGAAAAUUAUCAGAUAAUGAUGAUGAUGAUGUUGAACAUUUAGAUGACUAUCAAAAUGAAUUAAAUAUUGUUAAAAAGACAAAACAAUUAUCAACAGUUUCUCAUGAAAAUGAUAGAGAUCAUAUACAUAUUAGUCGUGCUAUGUUUGACAACGAUCCUAUGCUCGUGCAUACAAAUGGAUAUCAUCAGAAUACGUCUGACACAAAUCUUAAAAUUACUUUAAAAAAAAAUAAAUUAAAUAAUGAUGGUAAAUUUUCGUUUUCAUAG